UUAGACACAGUGCAGCAGCAGCAGUCAGCGGAUUUACCUUCAUCAGCUGAGCGACCUGCGAACUGCCACCGCAUCACCUCCGUUACCACAGUGUCCGCUGCUUCCGCCGAGGCACUACUUUCCGCAGACAAACAACAGCAGUAUGCGGAAAGGCGGACCUUAACAACCACAUUGACGACGAUAAUAACGUAUAUUGCGGUUAUUGUGACUAGUCUGUGCUAACAUCAACCUUCCGCUUGGGAAUAUACCCCUAAGGAGCAUACGUCAAGAUUUCAUAUUAUCAAUCCGCCAGGUCGUGACCCCCCCCCCCCAAUUUUGUUAAAUGUUAAUAAUACUUAAAUAUUUUUAUUUUAAUAGUUGAAUUAUUUAUAGUUUAUGUAUGUUGCAAAUAUGUUUACAUUAAAAAGAUAACGGGACAGGUCCUCCGUAGGCAUCCUGGUUGUCAUGGCAACCGCUGAGCGUCCAAAAAUGGCGUCUCUGCUAGGUGAAGUCCUGUUUGAAAUCGAUGGACAGGGUCCAGCUCCCUCUAAAGACUUUUACCAACUUAUUAUCACACAAAAGGAGGUUAUAUGGAGGUGGUGGAAGAUCUCAAUGCGAAGUGAAUUCAGAGGGAUACCACCAGGAGAGAUAAAACACUCCCACAAUUACUUUGUACAGGAUUCAGCACUACAGGAGCAGUUAGGUGUGGUGUUUGGACGUGGGAUUUUGGAAUACACCUUGUCUCUGUGCCAAGGAGACUUUGACUACCUGGAGCGUUUACCUGACCAGCUACUCUUGAAAAUUCUUUCUUAUGUGUCCGUCCAGGACAUCGGUCAUCUCAGCCAAACUUCAAGAAGGUUUUUGAAGCUGUGUAACUCUGAAGAGUUUUGGAAGAGCAAUUUAAGUCAUUUUAAUGUGAUAACUGAAGACAUGGAGAAGCUGGGAAAAGCCAUGGGCUGGAAGAAGCUCUUCAUCCUUUACUACAAGCAAGAACAGCACUGCUUAGCAGAGGAAGAUGAACCCAAUCCUGUUGAUUCUCCAACAACACUGUAAUACAGUUCCACAGCAAUCAAUCAAUCAAUCAAAUCUCUCAGUAUUCA